ACCUGUUGCUGCCCCCACCCCCGCCCUCCUUCACCACCUGGCGGAGCCAAACUCGAACAGCCGCCGCUGAACCGCCAGCACAGCCCGGCUACACACACCACCUGCUUCCGUCUGCCUCCGACUACGAGCAGAAACUCAUCAGCUAAAAGAGGAGGAACAUGGUGACGAAGCGGAUCAGAUCAGAAUAUAUGAAAAGAUUCAAGGAUCCCAAAUGGGAAACCUAUGCAAAAUGCUAUGAGGACCUGGUGAAGUACAGGCUCUCCAGGCGGCUGCUGGAGCAAGCCCAUAACCCCUGGUUUUGGGGAGAAUGGGGAAGUGACACAGAAUCCAGCGGUAAAUCUACACCUCUUAGCAAAAGUAAAGUCGAGCCACUGCAGCCCAAAGAGGAAACUUCACCAACACCACGAUCUGCCAAAGAAACACCAGAGGCAGCUGCUCCUCCACAGCCUGAACCAGUACAUCAAAGAGAAUCCACACACUCCCCAGUUAGAGAACAAGCAGCAGGACAUGCUGAAACUCAAGAGAAGGAAGAAGAGAAAAGCAGAGAAGCGUCUCCUGUUACUUCUGUGGUUCAAAUAGAUACAGACACCUGCAUUCCAACCAAGACAAAGAGCAAACCCCGAUAUUUACACAAACCAAGCAAGUCUAAAACCAAGCAUCAGAUAACCAAAGACAUGGAUUCAACCAAAGACAUUGACAAAGAAAUCAAGCAUCCAUUUGCUAUGUACGGCUCAGGAGAGAAACAGGCAGAGAUGGCUUCAAAAAAGACUCAUAAUGUAGGCCCAGCUGCUUCAACCAAGGAGAUCCACGAGUCAGCACUAAGAGCAAAAACCAGGCGAGAUGUUGAGAAGCAGAUGAAGAGAGUUGACAAACGGAGGGCAAAAUCUGUUGACCUGGAAAAGAUGAGCAAAAGCAAGAUCAUCCCUGAUUACAACCCCUGGAUGACCGAAUACAUGCGCUGUUUCUCUGCUCGGUCUCGGUAGAACAGAAAAGAAAUCUGAAGAAGAAAACAACUAAGACAAGUUUCACUAGGCAAAUCACUCAGGAUCUUAGUAACAUUCCAUGUGGUCACUAGCAAACCGUGCCCACAGUAGCCUACAUGGUCUUCCUACAUGAACAGUUGCCAAGAAGAAUCAAAUAAAAUAAAUUCACACUGUAGGUCUAGUUUCAGUAAAGGCAUUAAAUCAGUUAUUUAUUCAAACUAAAAAAGAUAAAGUGUAUAAAAUGAUUUGCCUCUUUAUCGACCACUGUUUUUACAGCUGCAGGUUGUCAGUUAUUAGUGUGAUCUGGACUUCAGAAAAAAAGGAAAUGUACAGCACAGUCCACUGUAUUUAUACACCACGUUUUAAAGCCAAGAACUAACACCUCAGGAUUAGCUGUUUGUUGUGUACUAAAGUGCUAAAAGCAGGUAUUUUUAACAGGUAUUUCUUGAUUAGGACUUUAAACAGGGGACACUGAAAGUACAUUUUUAUUAUCUAUUAAUAAGGUUCAGAACUGUUGCAUCACGUGAACAUAUCACUCACAACCUGUAUUAAGGGCACCAGUCUAGCAUCUAGACUCUAAAUGUUUGUUUGUUUGUUUGUUUUUUGAAGAGUUACAUAUGUAAUUUGUGUUAUUUUGAAUACAUUCCUCUUUGCAACUGCGCAAUAUACAGUAGGUAUUGUUUUAUUAUUUGUCUUUAAUGUGAAUUAUUAGUAUUGAGGAUGUUCAGAGGUUUACAUGCUUUAUCAUUCAUUUCAUGGUGCAAUCUCCAGAUUAUAGCCAUCUGUACUGGAUGAAAUUGCCCAUAUCAUUUUUUUGCUGGUGCUUACCUACAGUGUAUGUGGUUUAAUGUGGAGAUUAUUAUUGAAUAGUGUUGAUAGAAUAGUGUUGCUUUUCAACAAACAUUUAACAAGUGUAUUGUUGUAGUCAGAUAACAGACUUAAGUUACUGUUUAUGUUUUAUUUAACAUAUCUAAUUUAACUUGACUAUCAAGGCCCUCAGGAGCUGCAAGAAGAAGUAGGCGAGACUGCACAAAGUUGCACAUCGCUUUGGUUCUCUACAAUAAAUUGAGUGUAUGAAACAUACAGCAUUAUGUGAUGCAGGUCAAGUUCUUAGACUGAACUUACCACCAUUUUACAUCUGAACUAAUGCCAGUUUACUAUCCUGUCAUUAUACUGGUCUUGCUUGCUGUGGAUGUUCAGCCAUUGCAGGGUAUUUUAGAACCUAGUGAGCUCCUUUAAAAGGCUAAAAAAAACUAAAUUAAGAGUUUAGAAGUCAGCUCAGCCUGUGAGCACUAUGCUUUUUAAGCCUGCUUGGCCAUGCAGACUUUAUACAAGCUACGGAGCAAAUCGUCAAAGCAGUUCUGUUAAACUGUGUUCUCAAAAAGGUGAUUAAGAUUGUUGAUCAGUUGUUGACAUUCAGGUACAAAACAAAUAAGAUGGUUAUAUUAGUCAUGCUGAAUUGAGUGUCAUUUAAAGCAUUUUUCUCUGCCUUAGGUUAUGAUAGAAAGGCUGUAUAAUGUUUUGUAUAGUAUUUUAUGAUGAUAGCCAUAACAUUGCUCCUGAGCCACCGAAAAACAAAGAGCUGAUGAAGUUGGUUUGAAGGAUGUUUAGAAAAGACUUUAGUGUUUGGACGCUUGCCUGUGUUUGAAAGUGUGUUUGUGUAUAUGAAUGUGUCACAGUAGUAACAGUGUGAUGUUAAUGAGAUUCUGCAUUAACGAUAGCACACUAGUGUGGAGACACUUUUUAUUUUUAUUUUCCAAUGAAAAUUUUUAAGUUAAUUGCAGACCAUUUUUUCACAACGACUGUUUUGAAUAAGCAAACUCUGACUUAUAACAAUCACAAAUGUUGGAAUUUACAUCUAUCAUUGUUUUUGAUCUGUGUGUUUGAAUUUAAAUGUUUGUACAAGGCUAUUAUUUCAGUGCAAUCAAAUUUUGUUUAUUUAAUGUAUUAUUAAACCUUUGGUAGUUUA